UCGUACCGGUGGGGACAUCUCCAGGAGGCAGCUUUAUGGAGUGUAUCCCUAUAAGUCCAGCAUGAUUGGCCUGGAGAACCUUGGCGAUCCCUCGGAUAACUGGGACAUAGUAGAAACCAUCGGCAAAGGGACGUACGGGAAGGUCUACAGAGUGACCAACAAAAAGGACGGGAGCCAGGCGGCGGUGAAAGUGCUGGACCCGAUCAAUGAUGUGGACGAGGAGAUCGAGGCCGAAUAUAACAUUUUGAGAUCCCUGUCCAACCACCCUAAUGUGGUGAAGUUUUACGGCAUGUUUUACAAAUCAGACCGCUCGUCCGGAGGACAGCUGUGGCUGGUGCUCGAGCUGUGCAACGGCGGCUCCGUCACCGAACUCAUCAAAAGCCUGAUCAUGCGCGGCCAGCGUCUGCAGGAACCCGUCAUCUCAUACAUCUUAUACAGCGCCCUCUUGGGUCUCCAGCAUUUGCACAACAAUCGGAUCAUCCAUCGUGACGUCAAAGGCAACAAUAUCCUCCUGACAACGGCAGGGGGAGUCAAACUAGUUGACUUUGGUGUUUCAGCUCAACUGACCAGCGCGCGACUGCGGAGGAACACAUCAGUCGGGACGCCGUUCUGGAUGGCUCCCGAGGUCAUAGCCUGCGAGCAGCAGUACGACUCCUCGUACGACGCCCGUUGUGAUGUGUGGUCUCUUGGCAUCACAGCCAUCGAGCUUGCAGAUGGCGACCCCCCGCUGGCUGAGAUGCAUCCAGUUAAAGCUCUCUUCAAGAUCCCACGGUGA